ACUUUAUCAUCAUCCCCUGGAUAAAGCAAAAGCCAUUCUCCUCCAUCUCUCUCUCUCUCUCUCCCUCCCUCCCUCCCUCCCUCCCUCUCCACCAUGAAACUUUCUUGAAACUCCAAACAUCCAAUUCCAUGGUAAUUUAAUUUCAUUCGAGGGGGAAUUGAAAUAACGCAAAAAGAAAAAGAAAAACUCUUUUUCCAAAAUAUGGUUUCCCUUCAAGAUUCCCACUCUCAAUACUCCACUCCAAAUCGCUUCCCUUUAACCUCAGCCUCUCCUUCCCCUAUCAAAAUCCACCGACACGCCGGCCGUUCCAUGCGGACCAUCCGCUCUACUUUCUUUCAGACAAGCUCCAGCUCCUUCGCUUCACUUCCCAACAACUCAGCUGCUUCAACUCCCUUCGAUUCUGAAAACUUAACUGAGUCUGUCAUUGACAUGCGACUCGGCGAGCUCGCGAAAACCUUAAACCAAAAUAGCAAUGGCAAUCAUGGUAGUUUUAAGAAAAAGUUGUUGUCGACGUCAUCUUCCUCGGAGGAGGAGUUUCUUGAUAUUGCAGAAGCUUUUUCUGAUUUUUCUGGCUGCAGCUCUGAUAUUUCUGGAGAACUACAACGUCUUGCAUGCUUGCCAUCGUCUCCAAUGCAUGAUGGUGAAGUGGAAGGGUGUAAGGAGAAGAACCCAUCAAUGGAAAUUGUAGCUGAGCCUUGUCAUGGGUUCUUACAAAGGGAAUCUUUUUCCACGGAAAUCAUUGAAAGUAUUUCCCCGGAGGAUCUUCAGCCGACGGUGAACAUCUGUGUUGACGGGUUACAGUCUCCGUCGAUUACUGUUAAAAGAUCUGCUGCGGAAAAGUUGAGGUUUUUGGCAAAGAAUAGAGCGGAUAACAGGGCGUUGAUUGGUGAAUCGGGGGCGAUUUCUGCUUUAAUCCCGUUGCUUAAACAAAGUGAUCCGUGGGCGCAAGAACAUGCGGUGACGGCCUUGUUGAACUUGUCAUUGUACGAGGAGAACAAGAAGAGGAUUACGAAUUCGGGUGCGAUUAAGUCUUUUGUUUAUGUGCUUAAAUCUGGGACUGAAAAUGCUAAGCAAAACGCGGCGUGUGCGUUGCUUAGUCUGGCUUUGAUUGAAGAGAACAAAAGCUCGAUUGGAGCUUGUGGGGCGAUACCGCCAUUGGUAUCGCUUUUGAUUAAUGGUUCAAACAGGGGCAAGAAGGAUGCAUUGACCACAUUGUAUAAGAUUUGUUCGAUAAAGCAGAAUAAAGAGAGGGCUGUGGCUGCUGGGGCAGUUAAGCCAUUGGUGGGGAUGGUGGUGGAGGCAGGGGCAGGGAUGAUGGCGGAGAAGGCAAUGGUGGUGUUGAGUAGUUUGGCUGCGAUUGAAGAAGGGAGAGAAACAAUCGUUGAAGAAGGUGGGAUUGCUGCACUUGUUGAGGCUAUUGAAGAUGGUUCUGUUAAAGGGAAAGAGUUUGCUGUUGUCACUUUGUUGCAAUUAUGUAAUGAUAGUGUUAGAAAUCGCGGCUUACUUGUCAGAGAAGGUGCAAUUCCUCCUCUUGUUGCGCUUUCGCAGAAUGGGAGCAUUCCCGCUAAGAACAAGGCUGAGAGGCUACUUGGGUACUUGAGAGAACCAAGGCAAGAGUCUGCUGCUGCUUCAUCUUCAAGCCCUCAAAGAGGUGGUGGAUUUUGAUCUUUUUUACUAUUCUUACUGGUAAUUACUAGUACUGAUUAGAAUGAGUGGUUGGCUGUUCUUGGUGUGUAUAUAUAGGUAGUGUUUUUUGCAUGGUUUGUACAGUGGAUGAUAAAUUGGAUGGAAUGAUUAGUAAAUGGGAAAUUAGGGGAAGCUAGGGAGAAAUACUCAUAGACUGACUUGCUUUAGAUGUACGAGUUUGACUUGAACUAGGUUUUGGAAGGUGGGGGGUUUGUGAUUCUGAUGGAAUUUCCACAGGAGAAUUACUUGUUUGAUUUGCGGGUUUUGGUUGGUUGAUGAUGGGAAUUUGGGCUUGUUCCUUGUGUAUUGUUUGGAUGACCCAAAUUCUGUUUACUGAUUGUUCUUGUUUAAUUAAACUAGUGAAGAUAAAAGAGCAUGCUCCUUCUUGCAGCAUGUUUUUAUUGCA